CUUCCUCUGGUCCGCUUUCAGUCCUUUCAUUUUCAUUCCUGUGGUUUUUGCCGAGUUCCGGCCCAACUUCGUCUCUCGGAAUCUGGCAACGGUCUAGGCGCUUGGCAAACUUUGUCAGUUAACAGCGUGGAAAGUGUAUUAAUUGUUGAAAAAUAUCCCUAAGACAAAAUGGUCAACUCUAAAGGUUAUCGUCGAGGAACUCGGUACACCUUCGCCCGAGAUUUCCGCAAACAUGGUCUCAUCCCACUUUCCACUUACAUGAAGACAUACAAAAUUGGAAUGUAUGUCGACAUUAAAGGUAAUGGUGCAGUUCAAAAAGGUAUGCCCCACAAGACGUAUCAUGGAAGAACUGGCAAAGUUUACAACGUCACCGCUCAUGCUGUUGGUGUCAUUGUGAACAAAAGAGUUCGCAACAGGAUCAUCCCCAAAAGAAUCAAUGUACGGAUUGAACAUGUAAAGCCCUCAAAAUGCAGAGAUGGCCACAUCCGGAGGGUACAAGAAAACGAAAGGCUGAAGAGAGAAGCCACAGCCAAAGGAAUCAGAUUACCCAAAAACUUCCUCAAAAGACAGCCGGAAGGACCAAGACCUGGCCACAUUGUUAAGGGACAGAAACCAAUUGACCUAGCUCCGAUACCUUAUGAAUUUGUUGCCUAAGUUUUUAUAUUAAAUUUUUUUUUUUUAA